CAUGAGCAAGAGGAACCAGGUCUCCUACGUGCGGCCGGCCGAGCCCGCCUUCCUCAGCCGCUUCAAGCGGCGGGUCGGGUACCGGGAGGGUCCCACGGUGGACACCAAGAGAGAACAGCUUCCACUUGCAGAUGAUGACAGUGACAAUGGCAGUGACAAGGAAGACGAGCAGCCUCAAGUUGUGACACUGAAAAAAGGGGACUUGACUGCAGAGGAAGCAAUGAAAAUAAAACAGCAAAUCAAAGAGGCCUUAAAGUCAAAAGAAUCAGAUGAUGAACCAGAACCUGCUGAUGGAAAAAUUAUGUUCAGGAAACCAGCCAAACGUUCAUCAGAGAAGUGUUUGGACUUCAAUGUAAGUUCAAGUAAGAAGAUGAAAGAAGCAAAGAAGACGAAGAAGGAAGCAACUACAUCUCAGAGUACAGCCAAGCAAGUAAAAAACAGCAGUCUUCUCUCAUUUGAUGAUGAGGAAAAUGAUGAUUAGGGGUUGUAUUUUUUUAUGCUUCACUUGCCUCUCUGGAGACCUGAAUAACACUGAGGGCUUUUAGAAAUUGAAGCAUGAUGUCUUGAGUAGCAAGAGCUAAGUCUUUUCUUUCCAGUAAGUUGGAACUGUCUGUCAUGUCUUUAUUUUAAAAGAGAGUUUAACCAUGUAUGUAAAAGCUAUUUGAGGUCACAAAUGUGUAGCAAAAUAUACCUGUAUAUGUUCAGCUUAUGAAUUUUCAAUCAAUUUUAAAAUGCCCUCCAUUACUAAAAUGUAUUUCUUCUAUAUUGAAUAGCCUUAGUUAACAGUUGUGUGGUUUUUACCUUGUUGUCCUGAGGUGACUUUAUGAUCCUGGUAUCCCCAGUCAGCUGGUUUAUGUUACAUAUUAACAUAUUACUGACAUUCAAGAGACACUUCAUUGCUAUGAAACAGAGACUGAAAUUUUCUGUCUCACAGCUUAACAAAAGUUUGCACAACCUUUGCAUUUGUGAUUUGCAAGAUUAGCUCUUUGCAGAGCCUUGCAGUAAAUGAGGCUGCAGUUGCUGAAGUCAUGUAGUCUUGAUCCUGUCUUUGGUGAAUGCAGUCUAAGAAAUUCAAAUUCAUUUGAAUUGGUUGUGAUAGCAAGGUACAGCGAUUUUUAUUCUAGUUGAUGGUAUCAACUAAUGCUAAAGAAACCAUUGGAGAUUGUGCACUUUGGUUUUCACACUGAUGGACUCAGUGAUUUGGUGGUGUUUUGGGGUUGGUUUUUUUAGUAUAUUUAUUCCAGUUGACUACUUAUGUUCUCAUAAUAAGUUGAGAUCUCAGCUUGUUUAAAAAAUCUUACCUUUAAGCUGUGGAAAAGCAUUAAUUUAGUAGGGGGGAAAUUGUAAAUAGGGAAUUUAAGCCAAGCAACACUAUAGCUGUGUGUGUCUUGGUUUAAGACAGUUUCCAGGGCAGACACUCCAAAAUGAGUUACUGCCCCUUUUAGUUUUAACUGCUUCCCUUUCACCAAUAAGCAGAGAUGAAAGCAAGAACAUUUAAGUGAAAAAAUAACAUUUUAGUAAAAAAUGAAACAGCAACUGAAGGAUAACAGUAAUCAUCAGAUAAAAAGGUGCUGAAUCCUAUGGACUGCUUGGGAACAAAGACAACAAGAUGGCAGAGAAACCCCUCUCCAAAAAUGUUGGCCUCCAUAGACCACGUGAUCCAGGGGACAAAGACAAGCUGGUGGAGAAACCCCUUCUCCUGACCAUGUGGUGGAGAGAGAACAAAGGGAAAAAUACCAUCACAGCAUCUGAAAUUCUCUGAUUAUAGAAGUCUGUCUUCCACCAAACAGCAACCAAUGAUGAACAAGGACAUAAUAUGAAGAAAUCUGGACUCCAAAACAGUCAAAUGCUGCUGAUCCAUUUGCUCCACAUCACCCAGCAGGGUCUCUCUCCUGGCAGUGGCAGCUGCUCCAUCAACAGUGGCAGCUGGAACUGGUCAGUGGCUGGAACUCAUGGAGGGACUUGGCCUCCUCCUCAGCAGAAAAUGACAGGCAGAUGCCUGGGGCAGCCUGGACUCUCCGCCCUUCUUCUUUAGCUGAGGGCUGCUGUGGGGGCUGGAGUGACCGUAUGGAGCAGGGGCUGUUUCUUUUUCCAGCUGUGGUGCCAUGGCUGGUCAUCCUGGGUGACAGCAAUGAAAAAGGAAGAAAGGAAAAAAGGUCUGAAGAGAAAAUCCUCCCUGGCCCAGAGACCAGAACAAAUGGGAGCUUCUGCCUUGCACUGCCUCAGCUUCUCAGUAGCUAGUGGGAACAAAAGAGAGGCCUGUGUCAGUGUUGUCCUGCUUUUAAUGGGAUCCUUGUGUCCCCUGCCUCCACAAACCUGGGGCAAGACCCUCUGGUUCUGACCCCUGGGUCUUGAAGGGAGAGUAAUAAUCUUGGGCAGAUGAGCAGAAAGAAAGAAAGUGAUCAUUUCAACACCUUUCCUGUAACAGGACAGAAACCACACUGAGAGCUGAUGGGAUUUGGGAGAACAAGGUGAUGGGAAUGUGACUUACGACUUUGAAAUUAUAUUGGGUGUAUGGUGUCUUCUGUAACCAUAUGAAACUAGUUCUGCUGCAUGACAGGACAUUUGAAAUUAUUUGGCCUAUAAAGCUUCAUCGAGGAGCAAAUUUCAAGUUGCUGUGUGAAACAGCUGGUUUUAGUUUGUUCAUCUGGUAGUAAACAAUAAAUUAUGUUUUCUUUUAA